AUGAGUAAGCAAAAGCUACACUUAGCUUCAACUUAUUCUACCGCAAACCUUAGCGACAAAAAAUUGAAAGAAGAAGGAAACAGACUUUUUAGUUUGCGUCGUUACGAAGAUGCUAUGAAUUAUUAUACGAAGGCUAUAAUAAAGAAUCCCUCAGUUGCCACAUACUACACAAAAAGAGCACUAUGCCAUCUCAAAGUGGAGCGCUGGGAAGCCACUUGCCAAGACUGCCGCCGCGCACUUGACAUUGUCUAUGACCAGAUCAAGGGACACUUAUUUUUAGGACAAGCUCUGGUGGAACUUGAGUUCUAUGAUGAAGCUGUCAAACAUCUUCAUAGAGCCGAUGACCUUGCCAGAGAGCAAAAACUCAACUUUGGUGAUGAAAUUGCUGCACAGCUCCGUAUUGCCAGGAAAAAGAGAUGGGAUGUUCAGGAAGAGAAGAGUAUCAUACAGGAAAUUGAACUUCAGACAUAUCUGAAUAGGUUAAUAAGUGAAGACAUGCAGCGUAGAAAAAGGAAAGCGGCGAAAGGAAAAACGGCGAAUAUAGAAGAAGAAUGUAAUAAGUACACCAGCGAGCUAAAUAAUUUAUGUGCCAAAAUAGAUAAUAGGAGAAGGAAACGUGACGUUCCCGAUUACCUAUGUGGGAAGAUAAGCUUCGAAAUACUAAGGGACCCGGUGAUCACGCCGAGCGGCAUCACGUACGAGAGGAAAGACAUUGAAGAACAUCUUGAGCGCGUCGGCUAUUUCGAUCCGCAGACGCGCGUGGAGCUAACAGCAGAUCAGCUCAUCCCUAACUUAUCGAUGAGGGAGGUUGUCGACUCUUUCCUUCAGGAGAACGAGUGGGCGCUCGACGAUUAACUAGUUCAAGUUUAUCUUUGGGUAAUCAAGUUUUUUUUCUAUUGUUGUUUAAUUUUUAAGUAGGUUUAUUUUA